AUAUUCACACAACGAACACAUUAUGCCGUUAUUUUUGUGUUAACUCAUUUGCCAACAUACGCCGCAAAAAAACCCCGACUUUUAUUUUGAUAUGCCGAUAAGCCUCAUUAGCACAUCGGCGGAGAAACAGCUGCGGUAAGGAAGAUACAACGCUAGAUACUCCGUUCGUUGCGAUUCACGGAAUGUUGAGUAAACAGACACGGAUUAGAGAAACGUUUUCAUCUUUAAUAAAGCACUCGAGGUUUAAAUAGUACGAAAAAGGAAGGCAUCCCGUCCGUGAUCGAGCGUGUAUGGGAGUUUUCAAGCGAAGUAAGAUAACGUGGUGCUGCGCGCGCGCUCAGUUGCUAUUCUGCGGUUGCCUGGAUACCGUCGUGAUGCCUGUUGAAAGGAGGAAUCUGAUUGGCUGAGAGGCUGCUCACUAACCUGAAGAGAGACUGUUUUUCUGCUCGCGAGAAAAACGUGCUAUGUUUGGUUGCUGUUUCUGCUAGAGACUCCAAACAAGCAUAAUCACCUAGAUACCGUCUUUAGGCAUUUUAAACAACUACUGAAAAUAAAUAAAGCGAACUUUAUCGGAGGAAAAAAUCGAAGAUGGUGGCAGAGAGUGGAUACAUGCCUUAUAUGGAAAUGAAGUCAAGCUUCGCUCAAAAUACAGAGGAGUCUCCUGGCAAAAGCACAUCAAAAGCCAAACAGAAUAAAGAUGAAGGAUACGGUUUAAGUUUGCAGCUGGGAGAGGAGUAUGAGAGGAAGAAGCAAAAGCUGAAGGAAGAGCUUCGCCUGGAUUACAGGCGCUAUGCGUCCGAGAAACAAAAUGUCAAUGUCACUGAGCCGAUCUCUCAAGCCCAGACACUGUCUCUUCCCACAAGAGAGAGAAGAUCUACUAAAAACAAGUUGCAGGAUGAGAGGACUAAGGACUACAGUCCGUUAAUCCGUGGAGACGAGGAAAUGGAGAAGAUGAGAAGAACUUCGAACGCUCCACAGCCCCGUGGAAAAGAUCAUUUCAUCCCUACAGCCUCAUACCGUCCAUCGUUUUCUCCAAAACCUCGAGGACGCAAGAGUCCAGAGAGGCUCCAAUAUUCCAGGAGAGACAACCCGACUGAACGUGUGCCUUACGCUGCCCCGAUGCCAGCGCGAAGAGGUGAGGACACGCCCAGACGCUGGCAGAGGAGGUCCAGGAGGGAGCGCUACAGCUCCGAUGAGGAACUGAACUCUGAGGAGGAGGAGGAACAAGAGGAGCUUGAGCUCCUGCAGAAGCGGAGGCCCAGACAUCGACCUGAGCCUGCGCUAGCUGGCAGGAGACACAAAAAACACCAACACAGAGCUAAUAGGUUUACUCAGGAGAAUAGAGAAGCGGAGGAACCUACUGUUAAUGAAGAGGACCAUCAAGAGGAAAACAGGCGGACUCCGCUGGCACCGAUUAAAGCCAAUCCAUUAGCGCCAGCGCAAGCCAGAGCUGCUAACAAGAGGAACAUGACCGAUUUCUCUACAGGACUUAUGAUCGGGGCUGCUGAGGGAGAGGAAGCUGUUCAGAGGAGAAAGGAGCGCUAUAGACAGGAGCUGCUGGAGCAAAUAGCUGAACAGCGCAAGAAUAAGAAAAAAGAAAAGGAGCUCGAAUUGAGAGUUGCUGCUACAGGAGCUAUUGACCCAGAGAAAGAGUAUAUGACCGUGUACCUACCUGGUCUCCCACAGCCUGACAGGAUUAAACAGUUUGGUGCUGUAAGGAGGGAGCAUGAAGGCAGGAGGCGGGAUGCGCCUUACAAGCCCGGAAUGGGACUGGACACCCUCGGGGCAGACGUGGACAAAAGGACACAGGAAGUAGAAAGAGAGCCGCCUGAGAAACCCCGCGUGGCCUUCCAGUCUCCUAUUCUUGAAUAUGGCACCGCCAUGGGGCACAUGGGUACCGCGGCAAGCACCGGAGUCGGAAACCACGGCAUUUCGGCCUUCAACGAAAACUUUCACAAAGACCUCUCAGGAACUAUCGGAGAAAUGGUUGCCCCCAGAGUCGCAAGAGCCGCUCCUCCACUGGCACCCGUCCUCGCUGAGGCAUACAGCACUCCAUACGAUGAAGCCUACUAUUACUAUGGAGCCAGGAAUCCCCUAGACCCUCAUCUGACAUACUACGGACCUCCAGCAGUGCACCCACCACCUAAUCUCCCAGCCAGAGCAUUUACAUCUGUCCUUCAGCCUCCUGCUGGAGUCUUUGCACAACCGGCUCCACAUGGCAUUUCUCCUUCUGGAAUUGGGAUUGGAGCAAAUCCUGACCGGCACCAACAAUCCAAGGACCAUACUCUAAGCUACAAGGAGGCACUUAAACAACAGAUUGAAGAGAGGCAGGAAAGGAAGAGACGCGAGAGGGAGGAGAAGGAAAGGUACGAGGCUAAACUGGAGGCAGAGAUGAAAGCCUACGAGCCGUGGGGAAGAGGAGGCGCUGGGGCUCCACUCAGGGAUGACCGAGGAAACCUCAUCAGUGAUCUAAAGCGUAUGCACAGAACCAACAAGGAGGCGUAUGUGAAUCCAGAAUCCUUUAACAAAAGAGCCAUAGCAUCAGUGGAUUGGACCGAAGCUACAUCAAGGGCAGAGGAUAAGGAUUUUUCUUCACACAGAGCAUCAGAUAACAAAGUUUCCUCCUUCACCCGGCCCUCGCCUCACGCUCGAGGAAACGUGUUCAGUGAGCUCCCGACGCCACAGCAGCUCCGCGACCAGGAGAGAUACAAGGAAAGUCUGAAACAGCAGAUAGAGGAGAAGCGGAGGAUGGAGGCAGAGAGGAGAGAGAGGCUGAGGCUGGAGGAGGAGAAGGAGGAGAAGAGGCUGGCUGAAGAGAGAGCACAAAUGCAGAGGCAGUUUGAGGAGGAACAGGAGAAGGAAAGACGCAAGGAAAUGGAGCUAAACGCCCGGAACCAGGAGUCGAUCCGUCGAGCCGAGGAGCGGCGCAGAGAGGCCGAAAAGAAGGGGAAGGAGGAGGAAGAGAAGGCGAACGAGGCAUUGAAGCAGCAGUACGAGCAGGAAAAGCAAGCCAGACUGGAACAGGAAUUCAGGACUCGUUCACCACCCAUCCCUACAAUUCAAAAGAAACUGGGCCACCAGAUUACUCCCAGACCGCCUUCAGUCGAGAGCCAACGGUCAACUACAGCUUACUCUGUUCGGUCUAUUUCCACUCCCCAGUCUCCACCUGUUCCUGCACGGAGGAACCAGAUCAGAGCAGCAGAGGAACGGCAAGAUGUGAUCAGGAAGUUAUCAUUCAUGCGUCGACACCUCAGAAGUGAGCAGAAACGACUUGAAGGGCAGCUAGAACAUUCGGACAGAGAGGAUACGCAAACUCCCUUAAAAAACAGGCACAGAACACAACCUCUGUUGAACCCCUUUGACCUGGCCAGGCUGCGGAUGCAGAUGCCUGUAAGGAGACCUCCAUCAAACACCAGAGCACUGAACAAUCAGAUCAUACAGGACUUCAACCAGCUCAAGUACAGAGACAGCGAGUCUCGUGAAGAAAUGAGGCAGGCGUAUCCUGAACCACCCACUGACGAGGCCAGCCUGGAAGUCCAGCAGCAGGCUCUGCUCCGAGAGCAACAGCGCCGACUCAACAACAUGCAAAGCGCCAGAGCCGUCGAUUACUUUGACCUGUCAUCUCCCAUGAAGCCCGCUCCUCGUCAGAGGGACGGCUAUGUGGAAGAGGCUGGGAGAAACACGCUUUUAGAGUCCGAGAGUGCUUUUAUCGAUGCUAAUGGUUAUUCCUUACCAAUAACACCGCGCUCUGAUCGCCUCUCUGCUAGAGAGAGAAGACGGCGUGCCAGGAAAACGGACUACUCCAAUGAUGGAGAGACUCCCAGCGGAGAGAGGAACAUCUAUUCUCUGGGCUCAGCAAACAGCUUCCAGCUGGACCGAUUCCGAGAACUGAACCAGCGCAGGAUGAGAGCGUUGGAUGACAUGAGCGAGAAGGACCGGAGAUCAGGACAAAUAUCUGCUGACGAAGGAGAUGACCUUUGGCAACAGACUCCAUCUCCACCCCCUGCCCGCCGGGUUUCCACAACAACAGUCGCCACGGAGGCCUGGCUGCGCCCCGGCACCACAGAGACGCUCAAGAAGCUGAUGGCGGGUCGAAGGCCGUCCAGCCGCAGCCUGCCAAGAGACGAACGGGACACGCCGUCCACUUACCACGGCUAGUGCACGUUCCCGGUCUUAUUUCAAACCAAAAAGGGACGUAAUAAAUUUGUAUGUUGGUUGUGUUUGGUUAAAGUGAAAUAGUUGCACAGGCCACAUGGGCUUGAAUCUCUGGAGGAGCAGAGCAGCACAAACCUGUGUGUGUGUUUGCCUCCUGCUAGCCAGCAGCGUCUGAAAGGAUUUACUGCACACUGUUGCUCUGCUACAGCUAACUAACAUGGCUUUAUCUAUUUGACGUAUGUAAGAUAACGUAUUUUAAAUAUGGAAUAAAUUAUUUUUGCACUCUUUGGA